AGUGAAAGACUGGAAGCCAAAGAACAAGAAGGAGGAGGCCAUGUCAUGAGAAAGAGUGGGUGAGCGAGAGAGACUGAAAGACUGAAGCAGAGUUCAGACAAUUGGAUGAGGAAGUAGUGAUGGUUGAGUACAUGGGUGUGGUUGGUUAGCAGUUAGCCCAUCAGCCUUUCAGAAGUGACACACAGAGGAAAGCACCGUGGAUGAUGAGGAUGCGGAUGAAUCUCUGGACCCGGGCACCUCGCAGGAUGGAUACUAAGAUUUAUUUAACUUCCUUGACCUUUCUCCUGUUUGUCAUGUUAAAAGUGUCGAGGGCUCAAACUUCCACACCCGCAGAUCAAAUGGAGUCUGUGAGCAGCAAUACAACAGCGACAACAAUGCCCACUGCUCCGACUCCCACUGGAAAGACAGUGGUAAAAAGAGUCACCAGAAAGGUUGACUCCUCCCCGGAAACCCUCGCUACUGAACCAACCACAAGGCAGCAGCUCAUUAACACCAGCAACCCAGUCAAUGUCAGCACCACCACAUCAGAAACUAAGGCUCCAGCAGCUGCCACAGAGGGGACAACAAAACCCCAAACAAAGACCACCCUCACUCCAGCAUCCACAGUGACAUCCUCCCCAUCCAUAACUACGAGCGCCAUCAAAGACAAAUUUGCCUCGGAUACGGAGGGUGACAAAGCUUUCACCUAUGAUUAUGAGUCCCUGCGCAAAGUUGGACUGUCAAUCGCAGCAGUACUUUUCAUCGUGGGCAUCAUGGUCAUUGGCUGUGGCAGGGUCUGCCGCCUGCCCAGCUGUCACAAGAGGUCAUCUAAAUCAUAUCGAGUUGUCCAAGGAUAAGGAGGAAGAGCGUGUGUAUGUUUAUAAAAAUGCAAAGCUGCAAGACACCAACCACGAGUCCAUGAAGAGAAGAAAACUCAACCUAAACGUGGGAGCAUGUGUGUGAAUGUAGAUUUACUGACACUAUGUUGCUUAGAAAAUACUGAAUAAACAUAGAGCACAUGAAUCAUGUUGACACGUGAAACGAUCUUUGUCAAAUGUCAUUUCUAUACUUAGCAAAACUGCACUAAGAAAAGUAAAGCGGUCAUUUAUCUUGAUGAUUCAUAUUUUAAUCAAACCUUCAGCCCUGAAGCAGGCUUGUUUCUAAUGACCUUUGUAUCUUUUAAAUGAUAACACAGCCAUCGGCAGUGUCUCACAGCCAGGGUUAUUAUUAAAGGUUAUGAAGAAUAA